AGGAGACGAGGGGGGGAGAGGGUGAGGUGAGGGCGGGGGGGGGCACACAGUCUUUACCGGACCAGAGAGAGAGUGCAGCAGCAGCAGCAGCACUAUUUCCACUCAGCGCUGAGUGAAACGCACCGUUGUGGCACCUCGGCCAGUCAGCGCGCUCUAACACACGGAUAAAAAGAUGCACCACCGCCGCCGCUGCGCACCGCGCCGUCACCGCCGCUGACCAGGUGUCGGACUUAACAUCAGGGACGUCGCUAACGUGUCAGAAAGAUACAACUUGUAGCCUAUGUAUGUGCUGUGCGCCCUUCUCCCUGGUCCCGCGCGCAGACGACCGAGAAGAUGCUGAGCCGACUGAUGAGCAGCAGCAUCAGGAGUCUGGACAGGGAAUGCAACUGCACCGUGAGGCUGCUGGACGACUCGGAGUACACCUGCACGAUUCAGCGGGAUGCCAAGGGACAGUACCUGUUCGACGUCAUCUGCCACCAUCUCAACCUGCUGGAGAAAGACUACUUUGGUAUUAGAUAUGUUGACCCAGACAAGCAGAGGCAUUGGUUGGAGUUUACAAAGUCAAUUGCCAAACAAAUUAAAUCCCAGCCUCCAUUCACCAUGUGUUUGCGUGUCAAGUUUUACCCGCCUGACCCCGCUGCCCUAAAAGAGGAAAUCACCAGAUAUCUCGUCUUCCUGCAGGUUAAGAGGGAUCUCUACCAUGGUCGCCUCCUGUGCAAGACAUCCGAUGCUGCUCUGUUGGCUGCCUACAUAUUACAAGCUGAAAUUGGCGACCACGACCCCGGGAAACACCCUGACGGCUACAGCUCCAAGUUCCAGUUCUUCCCCAAGCACUCGGAGAAGUUGGAGCGGCGGAUUGCUGACAUCCACAAGACUGAGCUGAUAGGACAGAGUCCUGAAACGUCAGAGCUUAACUUCCUCCAGAAGGCUCAGAGGCUGGAGACAUACGGAGUGGACCCUCAUCCAUGCAAGGAUGUGUCUGGCAACCCAGCUUUUCUGGCUUUUACUCCUUUUGGAUUCACUGUGCUGCAAGGAAACAGGAGGAUCCAUUUCCUCAAAUGGGAGGAGGUGACCAAACUCAAGUUUGAAGCAAAGACAUUCCAUAUAUAUGCAAAUCAGACGGAGGAUAAAAAGAUCAUACUGACAUACUUUGCACCUACACCCGACGCCUGUAAGCAUCUGUGGAAGUGUGGAGUCGAGAAUCAGUCCUUCUUCAAGUUGGAGAAGUCGAGUCAAGUCCGCACUGUGUCCAGCAGUAAUCUCUUCUUCAAGGGUAGUCGCUUUAGAUACAGUGGAAAGGUUGCAAAAGAGGUGAUGGAACAAAGUGCCAAAAUUAAGAGAGACCCCCCUGAGAUACACAGGCAUGGCAUGGUGCCCAGUAGGAGUUGUCCAUCCAUCACCCACGGCCCUCGUUUGACCAGUGUGCCAAGGACCCGACGGAGAGCUGUGCACAUCUCUAUCAUGGAGGGUCUGGAGUCCCUUCGAGACAGCGCUCACUCCACGCCCGUACGCUCCGUCUCUCAUGGCGAUUCCUUCAUGUCUUCUCGGGGCCACUUGGUCGACGGCAGCGAGGCCAGCACCUCAGCAGUCAUCUCCGACGAGGCCUACAGCCCUUCAGACAGCAUGCUGCCCACACCCGUGGCCGAACACGGGAUGGAGAAUCCCUUGGCGCGUCACUUCAACGGUGCUCCCUGCAGCAUCGAUGGGCAGGAGUCCGCGGCAGGCACAUCGAAGGAGGGGCACGCGGCAGAGUUUUCUUCCGGCAGGAGAGCACUGCGUAUGGUCAGGAGCAGGCCGUCACCACCGAGCGACGUGGAGGAGCUGAACAAAUUCAUCCUGAGCGUGUUGCGUCUCUUCCUGGUUACCAUCGGACUGCUGUUCGCCCUGCUGCUGCUCCUCAUCAUGCUGACCGAGUCAGACCUGGACAUUGCCUUCCUGAGAGACAUCCGCAAGACACCUGAAUUCCAGCAGUUCCACUUUGAAUACUUCUGCCCUCUGCGGCGCUGGUUCGCCUGUAAGUUACGGUGGAUGGGAGGUUUCCUCACCAGUAAGUGAAGCACAGACUGAAAUACACAACACAGGAGAUGCGACACAUACAACAGACGAUGGGAGGGUGGGAAGAGAGAAAAGGAUGGCGUCCCUAUUCCCAUUAUCAGCUCAGCUUCUCCCAGGAAGAGGUUCCUGUCCCAAGCCACGGACUGUUCCCUGCCUUUAUUAUGUUUGACCAUCACUGCAAGGACAGGAAAUCACAUUUUACUUUGGAAAUUCAGGUCAUUUCAAGGUAUUUUAUUUUUACACAAAGCCACAGUGACAGGGUUUGAUUCAAACACUGAAAGGGACAAGCAAGUCUGACAGACUUCACUUAUUCAACCAGUUAAUAGUUGCCUUUAUUUUUGUAUUAAUUUAUAUGUUGCAAUAUUAUUGUAAGACAGAAUGACCUGGUGUGUUGUGGUGUGUCUUGUGUAACCUGAGAGUUUGAAUUAAGUACUGACAGAAGAUGGGAGGCAGUCUAGCUCGUCUAAUUUUCAUAUUUUAAAGCCAACAACAGCAUUCAUGAUGAUAAAAUGUUAUUAUGGUCACUGCUAUGAGAGUGAAAACUGCUGCUUUGAGUUGUACAAGUGUCUGGGGGUUAGAGAAGGUGUGAAAUGGAAAACUAAGCAGCACUUACUGACUGUAGAUCAGUCCUGAGUCAAAUAAUACUUGCAAAUAUUAUAAUUGUUUUUAUUCAAAUUCGAGCCAUAAAUAGAUUAGCCACGUGACACGUGACAGGAAAGAGUAGGAAAAUGAAUUUAGCCCUCUUUAAGAUGGUUGACAACUUGCACGAAUUGUCCUAAUGUGGUAUACAACCCAACAUCUGUUAAAUUGAAUUGAAACGUUGCAGUAGCUAUUUGACCCAAGAGUGAUGUAAGUGCUGUCCUGUUAGAUGGCUUGAAUGAUCAUUUUUGAAAUAAGUGUGACUUAGCUUGUUGUCACACAUCCUUAGAGUGCUCACGUUACCAUUUCUGUCCAGCAACUAGAGCAAAAAUAAAGUUUUAUCGUCCAAUGACUAUAAAUGAUGGAUAUUUGUGAGGCUAUACGUAAGUAAUGAAGGUGGUAGGUUUACUGGUUUUAUAAAAUAGCAGCCAAAUAAUUCUUAUAGCUACGAUCAACUUCAAUGUGUAAGGAACAGCUGUCUCUUUGCCGUAGUUACUUUGACAGUAGUUGUAAAGGUGAUGGGACGAUGUGAGCUAGAGCUGUAGUGAUAGUGAAGUGUUUGGUUAGUUCUUUGACUCCCACAGAAGGAGUUUAUCUUGAUGUGCAAUACUGUUAAUAUAAAAAACAAGAUCCUUUCCACUAAGGGAAAUUUGACCUUAAUUUUAGUGCUAUAUUUUCCCCACAUUAUACCGUUAAGAGAGCUUGAUUUUAGUUCAUGUUCAGUGGAGGUCAUAGAACUUUGUUUAGCCCUGCUGCGUUCACAUUUAUGCAUUUAUCUGUAAAGACUGAAUACAUUUAAAUCAUGUUUCCAUUUUUGUACGAACUGAUUUUCUCAUUUACACAUUGAGAUUUCCUCACAGUGGCUUUUAAUGGACAUGAAGCAUUAUUUUCUACAGUGGAUGUAUAGUUUUCAGCCCUGCUUACAAGAAAGCCUAAGAUACGUCUCGUGUACGUCCUACAGCAGUCUUCGUCAUCACACCUACCAAAGAAACCUCUGUUGUCUGAUGUUUGUUAGUUUGCGUCAAAAGAUGGAAACUGAUAGUCUGCUCUCCUUCUCUCGCCUUAUUCCGUAUAUGUUAUUUCACAGGUUAGCCUGCAGUGCAUCUUCACAGCCCAGAGCAAUCAACAGCAUCAUUUAAAAACCAUACAGUUAACAAUCGGUCCUCCCAACGAGCCCACAGGUGUUUGAUUGGGAUAUAUGUAGGUGUAUAUGCUGUGUGUCAGUGGCAAUGAUCAGCAGGUAUAUGUCAUUAUAUCUAAAAUGUAUGUAUUAUUUAUGCAACAAGAGGAAUGGUAUAUGAUGCUGAUUGGCUGAGGGGUCGAGGAUAUCCAGGCUCCUAUAGGCAGUUUGGAAAGUUACCAUAAUAAUAUUCACACCUUUCCCAAAAAAAAUCAACAGGUUGGAAGUUAAUGCGAAACAGUACUUCAGUUUAUCCCUGUAGAAUUAAAUACCUGGCUUUGAAUGUUGAUUUGAUUUUUGUACAAUGACAUUUUAAGAUUCAGAAAUGGUAAAAUAUCAAGAAGUAUUAAUAAUUCUGUGAGUUGGAUGACUAAGACAGACGUAUUGACCGAUAUAUUUAUAUUUAACAGGAAAAAAACAUUUUAUUUAGUGGUUGGUUUUUAGACUUGAUAAAUUACUUAAUAUGCAUUUGCUUUAAUUCAGACGGUGCUCGCUGGUUUCUGAUUGACUGUUAGGUGAAAGGCCAGGCGAGGCAGAAAAUAAGUGAUUCAUGUAUUAUAAUUUGUACUUUAAAGUCUCAUUUUAUGUUCAUGUGUAUGAAAAACUUAACAUAAUUUGAGCAAUAAAUAACAGAUAAUGUUAUGAAUAAUAACCAUAAACAGCAAAGGAAUGUUCGUCUGUCUGCUAAACAUUCAAAAUGUCCCUUCAGAAGGUGAAACAGCCUGUAGAUGCAUGUGUGAAGGGAAUGGUGCCCACUGCUCCUGACCCAACACAGCGGAAGGUAACGUCGUCAUGCGAGUCACGUUUAUGUGUCGCCUAAUACUAGACUGCUCUUCCUUGACUCAUUUGAGAGAAACAGAGUGGAUGCAAGUUUUCUUGUGAAAGUACAUGUAAAUGAACUGAACACCUAACAGUAGACCCAUUUUCACUUGACUCUGAACAGGUUCUUACCUAAAUGGAAGUGCAGCAGUUUGUAUUUUUAGCCAGUUUAGAACAGCAGAAGUAGCAUAUUCAACUGAAUAUUUCCUCUUGCAAUGUAGUUUUUUUUGUAUUGUUAAAAUCUGUUUCAAAUCACUUGUACUGAUAAAGAGGGGUGACGGUUCCAUUGACAGGCAACUCUUGUAUGUGUUUUACUGAAUCAUGUAAACAGGAAUAAGGUCUUACUGUAAGCUUCUUCCCUGUACCAUGGCCCUGCACAUGGAAAUGUCUCUGUAAGCAUGUGUUCAAACAAGACUGCUUAUUUCCAAUCACUGACUUAAGACUGGUGUAAUUUAUUUAUGAAUAAAUUUAAUCUAUUCUUGACAUCUGGCAGCUAGCACGUCUACAAGUUCCAUCAUGAAUCCAGAGGAAACAAGCGUGUCCCUGCUUGGAAACGAGAGACUGUAGUCAAGGAUAGCAAACACUAUUCUUCUGUCACAAUGAUGCCAUCUGAAG